UAAGUCUGAGUAGUACAUAAGAAACUUCUCCUCUUUAGUCUCUAUCUUAACCAUUAAGAUUUUCUCUUGUCACGAGAUUCCCAAAUUUAUUGUACUACUAUCCCAAAAGAAACAGGCCACAGCCUAGAGUUGCCUCAUUUUAUAACUAUGAGCUACUCUACAGUUUCUCAUGUAGCCCAUGAUUCGUACCCUCAACAAGGUGGGUAUCCUGGACCCGGGUUCGAACAGGGGUAUGGGCCUCCGCAUCCGCCGCCUCGACCGGGUUUUGAACAAGGGUACGCAUCCGGGCCUGGGCCUGGGUAUCAAGGCUAUUUAAGUGACAACUACCCACCACAACCACAAGUAGCCCAUGUUCAACACAGCGGCCCAACUCAUCCUUUUCAUCAACAGCCCUAUAGCUAUCAGAAUGAUUACCCCUAUGAUUCUGGCUGUUCUUCCCUCUUUAGAGCUUGUAUGGCUGCUCUUUGUUGUUGCUGUAUUCUGGAGCAGUGUUGCAAUCCUUGGUGACAGGAUGGUCACUCUUUAAUUAAUAUAAUGCUUAGUUGUUAAGACUUAAGGUUAUCAUAAACAACAUGUAUUGUUUUUGUAAUCAAUUAUCUUAACUGUGUUUCAGUCACUCAUCAUGUUUGUUUAAGAAAAAACACUAGAUAGAAAUUGUACCAUGGAUAUCAAAGUGUAUUUUACAUUAUUAGUGAUCUA